AUGGCCGCGCGGGCCGCCAAGCUCGCGUUCCUGGCCGCAGUCCUGCUGCUGCUGGCGCCGCCAGGCGGCCGCGGCGGCGGCACCCGCGCGGUGAUGACGGUGAACGGGUUCGAGAAGGGGCAGGAGGGCGGCGGCCCGGCGGCGUGCGGCGGCCGGUACCACAGCAACGGCGACCUGAUCGCGGCGCUGUCCACGGGGUGGUUCGCCGGCGGGCGGCGGUGCCACCGGCCGAUCCGCAUCACGAGCGCGCGCACCGGGCGGUCCGUGGUGGCGAGGGUCGUGGACGAGUGCGACUCCCGGCGCGGCUGCAGGAGCAACGUCGUCGACACGUCCAGGGCCGUCUGGGACGCGCUCGGGCUCGACACCGACGCCGGCGUCGUGCCCGUCACCUGGUCCGACGCCUGA